GCGGCCCGGCCCGGCCGUGCCCCCCGGAGCCAGAAAGGGCCGCCGGCCCCUCGAGGCGUGGCGGGUCCACUGCCUGCAGCUAGGCAAGAGAGCGGGGUGGAAACUUAUUUCGAGUGGGGUGGAGAGGGGAGGGCAGGGCAGGGGGUGGGGGUCGGGCAGGGAGGUAUCAGCUCCAGGAAAUGUGCCUUGGCAGCAGUCGGACGGGCGCUCCUCCGCAGUUUGGUGCUCUCCGCUCCGAAGCCGUCCACGGGGUCGAGGAUCUCUCCCCAACCUGGGCAGUGCCGGGGGAGACCAAGCUGGGGAGGCAACAGCUGCCGCAGGACCCCCCUGGAGUUCUGGCUGCGGACACGUCUCCCGUCGGUUGUCCUCAGGAAGGCACCGCCCGGGACGCCCCAGGCGGACGGCGAGGCCCCUUCACCCUGCCCGGCUCCCCACCAUGCUGGACGGGCUGAAGAUGGAGGAGACUUUACAGAGUGCACUGGACCCCGCGGCUCCCUUUUCCUCCCUUCUGGGCAGAGCCGCGACCCCUAAGUCGGUGUGCGAAGGGUGCCAGCGAGUCAUUUCGGAUCGGUUCUUGCUGCGCCUCAACGACAGCCUGUGGCAUGAGCAGUGUGUCCAGUGUGCAUCCUGCAAGGAGCCCCUGCAGACCACCUGCUUCUAUCGGGACAAGAAGCUCUACUGCAAGCUGGACUAUGAGAAGCUCUUUGCAGUGAAGUGUGCCGGGUGCCUGGAGGCCAUUGCGCCCAGUGAGCUGGUAAUGCGCGCCCAGAAGAGUGUCUACCACCUGCGGUGCUUCUGCUGCUGUGUCUGCGAGCGGCGCCUGCAGAAGGGUGACGAGUUUGUGCUGAAGGAAGGGCAGCUCCUCUGUAAGGGCGACUACGAGAAGGAGCGGGAGCUGCUGAGCUUGGUGAGCCCGGCUCUGUCGGAUUCUGGCAAAAGUGAUGAUGAGGACAGCAUCUGCAAAAUGGGCCAAACCUCAGGGAAGGGCAUUGAGGAUGGGAAGGAUCACAAGCGGCCCAAGAGACCCCGGACAAUCCUGACCACACAGCAGCGGAGGGCAUUCAAGGCAUCAUUUGAGGUCUCCUCCAAGCCCUGCAGGAAGGUGCGGGAGACGCUGGCAGCCGAGACAGGGCUGAGUGUCCGUGUGGUGCAGGUCUGGUUCCAGAACCAGAGAGCAAAGAUGAAGAAGCUUGCCAGGAGGCAACAGCAGCAACAACAGGAUCAGCAAAACACACAGCGCCUGAGCUCAGCCCAGACGAAUAGCAGUGGCAGCACGGGCCUGGAGGGGAUGUUGAACCCCUACACAACUCUGCCACCUCCCCAGCAGCUGCUGAGCAUGGAGCAAAGUGUCUACAGCUCUGACCCCUUCCGGCAAGGGCUCACCCCACCCCAGAUGCCCGGAGACCACAUGCACCCCUACGGCGCUGAGCCCCUCUUCCACGACUUGGAUAGUGAUGAUACCUCACUGAGCAACCUGGGCGACUGCUUCCUUGCCACGGCAGAUGCGGGACCGCUCCAGGCACGAGUGGGGAACCCUAUCGAUCACCUCUAUUCCAUGCAGAACUCCUACUUCACCUCCUGAGCAUGGAGUGGUCCCCGGCACGGGGCAGCCCAGGCCACCGUGCUGCCCGCGGGGGGGCUCCUGAGCCUGCGGGGUUGGGAGGGAGAGGGGGGCGACCCUGCCGGGAUGCUGUCAAACAAUGUGUUGUAGCUUGGGAUUCCCAAGGAACGAGUUAAGUUAUGGGUUGCAUAGUUUCAUGUUUCUCUUAGGAGCCUAGGAUUAGGGACAGGAGUGUUUUUUGCAGCUGGCUGGUGGAUUUUCAAGUUUCAAACGGGCAACCAAAUUUCUCAUUUCGGCAGGGCGAAAGGCAGGGGGAGGGGGAAACCCUUCCCGAGGGAGCAUCCCAGCGCCCUGUCCCGUCCACCCCGCCUUGAAUAGGAGCGUCAGCAAGGACAAAACUACUGCUCUUCACGGGGGAGCCCCCCUCCCGCCCCUCCCAGCAUCAGCCAGGCUUCGAAAUUUGAAAAGCUGACCACGCUUUUGGGGAGCCACGGGGGGAGCUUUGCGGCGGGGUUUCUCUCUGCUCCCGCCACCGGCUGGAGCGCUUUGCUGUUUGAACAGAGAGACUUUUGAGAUAGAUGUUGCCAUGCGAAUCUAGAAAGCUAGAAACCCCUAACGUCGUCCCCGCCGCCGCCGCCGGGGCCGUGUGUGU